CCGCCGUCCUCCCGCUUCCCUUCAGCAGCGGUGCCGGGAUGCAUGGCGGCACGGCCGGCAGAGACCCUCCUUCGGGUCCUUCCAGGCGCUUCCCGGUGGCGGCGGUGGAUGAUAUCCUGAAGGAUGUGCUGGGGAGCUACCUGAGGGAGCAGCCCUACGAGCCGGCCCGGUGCAGGGACGUGGCGAGGGACAUCGCUGAGAUUAUUAAAGCUCGGGUAAAAGACCUUAUGAUACCAAGGUACAAGAUUGUUGUGGUGAUGCAUAUUGGGCAGCUGAAUGAGCAGAGCAUGCAAAUCGGAAGCAGGUGCCUGUGGGAUCCUGCGAGCGAUACGUUUUCGUCAUAUGUGUUCAAGAACGCUUCACUGUUUGCUCUUGCAAAUGUCUAUGCUGUCUAUUUUGAAUAAGGAGGUAGCUGAAUUUAACAGCAGGAGAAAUGAACAUUCAGCCUAACUCUUCCUGUUUCUGCUGUUGAAAAUGCUUGUGAAGG